GACUUGCACACGUCAAACCAUGAACAGACACCAUAAAAACCAAGUUCAUUAUUUCAACAAAAUAGAAAGAUGCGAAGAACAAACUUUCAAUACGAAUUCAGGCUCAAUUGGAAAACAAAAACUGCAUGUCCUCUACCGAAAGCUGGUUAAGAGCUCUCUCAUCUUGAUCGAUCGUAGCAUGGAUCAUCUGCGCCUUCUUAUCCUGAAGUUCGAUAAUCUUACUCUCAAUAGAAUUUUCAAUACAAAGCGUAGUGACACGAAUCGGUCGCUUUUGUCCAAUUCGAUGAAUUCGAUCCAUGGCUUGCCACUGCACAGCUCCAUUCCACCAUGGAUCCAUCAUAAACACUUGGGAAGCUUCAGUAAGAUUUAGAGCAACACCACCAGCUUUUAGAGACACAAGAAAUAUGGUGAUGUUUAUAUCUUUACUAAAGGCUUCAAUUGUAGCUGCUCUUGCUUUUGGAGUCAUACCACCGUCUAACUUCACGCAGUUGAACCCGGCUUUUCUAAGCCGCCAAUGAAUGAGGUCUAACAUGGAGGUAAAUUGAGAAAAUACAAUCGACUUUAUAGUCCUGUCUUUCCUUCUAAGUAGGUAUAAUUCCUCCACUAACGCUUCAAUUUUGGUGGAAGAACGCCAAUUAUUCAUGUCAAUACGGUUAAGAAUCGAUGCAUUCUUAAAUUUUUCCUCUGAAAAUUCUUCCAUAGAAGGUGCACUUAAGUCUAUGCUUAGAGGUAUGAAACAUGCAGGACAUGCAACUUCUUCGGAUUCCCCCGCAGAACUCAAGAACUCAGAAAUACAGAGCCGGCAAAACGUAUGAUGGCAUCUGGACUCAAUGGCGUCUUGUGCAACUUCAUCACAUAUUCUACAUACUAUGUUCUCUUGCGUGUCGAUGUCCACUGUCUUUCUCUUACCUGCUAACACCAAAUCGGGAUGAUCAGCCAUCUGACGCAUCCUGGUAAUCAACUGAAAAAUGUUCGCGUAGUUAUUCAAAACGACACCUUGUGCAAGAUAAGUAUUAAACUUCCUUUUGGAGUCCAUAUAUAAAGAUUGAUAAACAUCUUCUUCCUCUUCAUUGAAUAAAUCGCGUCGCACUUCUACGACACGAGGAGGAAGACCUAAAUCAUCAGCUCUUUCUAAUUUAGUUCUCCGAAGCAUAAUGUUGUUUAACAAUCGAUGAACCUUCGCGAAUCCAGCUCUACCAGGUCCAUCACUGCCAAAUUUUUGUAUAGGUUUCAACAUUUCUGCAUUGAAGUAACACGUAUGGCUCAUUGGUUUAUGUCCGCAAUGGUCGCAAUUGCUUCUAUCUGAGAAUUGCCACUGAAGAGACUUACAAUCACAUUGCAAACAAUAAUAAAAAGCGAACGGAUCAGCACGUAAAAAUCUAAGUAAUGAAAAUAACUCACCAAUUCGGUUUUGCAAAGGCGUUCCCGAAAGGCAAAUUCGUCUUUUCGUUUUUAGAGUGCAGACUGCCCUUGCAGUAUUACAAGUUCUGGAUUUUAUACCAUGGGCCUCAUCUAGAAUAAUCCUAUAAAACUGCAAAUUAUGCAGCAAAGAUUUCUCUUUAACAAGUCCUCCUUUACGGCGGAAGCCCGAACGUUCUUUUCUGUAAGCAGAUUCAAUGACAUUAUAACUAGUCAAAACGACAUCAUAUUUUAACAGAUCCUGAGAAGAAAUGUUUCUAGACUGACCAUAAUACAAAUAAGUGCUUAAAGCUUUAUUAGUAUGAACGUCAAUCUCUUCUUUCCAUUGCAUAAUAGCAACCACGGGCGCUACAACCAAGGUAGGUUCCCCUCUAGGUGUAGCAAGCAAAAGACCAAUUGUUUGAAUGGUUUUACCCAUUCCCAUUUCAUCUGCCAAAAUUCCUCCUCCAAAAGAAGAUUCUUCUUGAUGUCGGAGCCAGUAUACACCUUCUCGUUGAAAUGGCAGCAGACUCAAUACCAACUCCUUCGGUUGUUCUAUUUGUUGCACUUGCUGAGGAGCUUCACGUUCAAGGGCAUCCCAUACAUUUUCCAGUUCAGGAUGAUUUCGAACUAACCGAUGAUGAGUCCGCUCAUAUGGCGGUAUUCGAGUUGCAGGAGUGGUAGAGGUUCUAGAUGAGGUAGUAGAAGGGGAAGAAGAUAAUCUUGAAGAAGUGGAUCGUCCCUUUCCUUUCCGUUUUAAGCUCGCGAGAGGAAUGGUGUCCUCGUCUGUUUCGGUAGACGAAUCAUCCUUCACUGCAGCCUUUUCCUCAUCACUUUCGCUUAAGUCAAUUACACUAGCGAUCGUAUCAUCUUCGUCGACAUAUUCAGACUCAUUGGAUUUUGGAGAUUCCUUAAGCUCGUCUGAAUGAUCGGAUGAAAAAGAGGUCUCCGGUGAUGAAAGUGGAGUAGACAGAAAUUUUCUUGAUCUUAAUACACGUCCCUCGUUCAAUUUAAUGCCAGGAUCUACUUCAAACUUCCUUUUCCUCUCAUGGCCCUUUGAACUUUGCAAAUGAUCAUUUAUAUCGAGCUUGGAUGUAGCAUCUUUCAUGCCAUUGGGUCCCCUUUCAGGAAGUAGGGUACUAUCGCCUAACAAAGUAUUAUCAUGCGGCAUGCUUUGACUUUGGGUAGCUGGUUGACUGGGAACAGAUUCCUGCUUAUCAUUAACAUGUAGAAGCAGAGAUUGUUCCUCGAACCUAUUUGGUAUUUUUUUUUCGACUAAUUCAGAACCUUCAUUAUCUAUUAUAUCUAGUGAACGAGUUAAUUUGUCAUCCUCUGUAUCACUCGCAGCAAUUAUAUCGGCGAUGGGUGAUGAUGAAUCAGUCAAGUCUAUGUCUUCGUUGGCUCUCUGUUUUUCUCCUUUGUCUCCUUUGUCUAAAACUACGGAAACGAAAGUCUGAUUUCCCUUUCCUGGCAAACUUUGUUGACUUGAUACCUUCUCAUUUUCAUUUAUGGCAUUGGAACCUUCAAAAGGAUAUGAAUCAUGGGUAUUCUGAUUCUCUAAAGGACCAAUUGUUUUUCUUAAAUUAUUUUCAUCAAGUAUUUCCCUCGAAAUAUCUGAUUUCUCAGUCAGAACGUCCAUUAGUAGUUCGCUCUGGGUAAGUUCGCCACGCGUAUCUAAAUUUAAUUAAUGGUCAGAGUUACCCUCCUCCAAAUAAUAGAAGUAGACACGAAUGGCUAGAGGAAGCCGAGUAAGAGGACCGAAUUCAGCAUUAACUGAAUUUUUAAGGUCUCAAGGAAUCAAUACAUCUGCCUUGGGAAGAGCACGUCCUCCAAAUCCCGAAUCUACAGAACAAACUAAUCAAGGUUCUGGUACAGAAAUAAAUGGAACCGUUGACUCACCAAUUUCCGAAGAAACGCCACUCAUCGAAACAACGACUGUUCAAGUUCAAAGCUCACGUAGGCCAGGAGGUAGAAGUGUGAAGAAGAAGAAAAAACCUAUAGAAGAAGAUGAUGAUGAUCACAACAUAAGUUUUGGUUUUCAUCGUGCUGGAUUUUCCUAUAAGUCGCGUGAAAAUGCUGGUAAACUGGACUUUUGUGUUCACUGCCAAUGUCGAUUUACGAUUACCCCUUAUAGCAAAUACAGUGAAAAAGAAAAUGGGUGGCUUUGCUAUCCUUGUAGUCGUGGUGCUGAAGAGCAACAAGUUCCUGAAAUUCACACUCGAAAGCGACGUGCAAUGACAAGGAAAAAAGCAGCAGCAGCUACUAUGGAUGAAGAAUUGAAUGUUCCCAAGCUUCAAGACAUAUGCAUACGGAUUAUUGCCGAAUAUAUUCAUGAUGUUGAAGCUUUGGGAGAUAUUGGACAAUUAAACAUGGAUAAAAUAAGCCAAAUUAUUUCCAAAAAUAGAUCUUUGGAUGAUACAACUGUACAACUAUUUUUGACUGGAGACCAAACAGAGCUAAGAUUGUACGAUUGCUCCCGAUUAACAGAUGGAGCUUUGUUGCAGAUCGCCCAGUAUUGUCCCCGUUUACAUACUCUGCACUUGACUUUUUGUGGACAAAUGAAAGAUGAAGUUUUCAAUUUAUAUUCUGAAAAACUAACUGAACUAAAAGACCUUUCUAUCAAUGGUGCUUUCCUUGUGUCUACUAAUACGUGGAUAUCUUUCUUGAAGAAACGCGGUCUCCAGUUGACCGAACUAGAAAUAACGGAUACAGCUAAAGUUCAUUCUUCGGUCAUAAAUGCGAUUGUAGAUUACUGUCCGAAUCUUGUAACUCUGACUUUAUCGCGGAUUUUUUAUAUGGAUGAUGAAUGUGUUCGCUUGUUGUCCGGCUGUAAGAACCUUACAACCUUGCGUAUUGAAUCACCCGGUCAGACUGUUACUGAUGGAAGUGUAUUAGACGUCUUAAAUCAAAUUGGUAGUGGUCUCCAAACCCUCAGUUUAGCGGGCUGUUCCAAACUGUCAGAUGAAGUGCUGAAGCAAGGUAUAGGGCCUUGUUGUGGUCGUCUUCGUAAUCUUGAUUUAAGCGGUUUGUCAGAAUUAACGGACGAUGAAGCAGCUUCUAUGUUUGGGAGUUGGAAUAUUCAAUCCGGAUUGGAAACAUUAUCUUUAAGAAGAUGUUUAGGACUCGGUGAUCGAACGCUUCGUGCUGUUUUGGUAAAUUCGGGACAAUCGCUUUCCAGUUUGGACUUGAAUGGACUGUCAUACAUCACGUCGGAUUCUCUUCAUUAUUUAGCAAAGUUUCCUCUUCCCAGGCUUCAAACAUUGGACGUCAGUUGGAUACGUGACAUGAAUGACAAACUAGUAUGUGAGUUUGAGGAAAAUAAGCCUGCGCUUGCAAAACUUUUAGUAUGGGGCAACAAUCACGUUUUGAUGCCAACAAAACGACUUUUGUUGAUUGGAAGAGAGGUACAAUAAUUGUCAAAAUUAGGUAAUCAUAGCUGGAC